UUGCGUUUUGUGAAAUGCUGUGGCGUUUUGUGAAAUGCUGUGGUGUCUUGCACUUCAGGGCCACCGUACAAUACACUAGAAAUAACAUUUCCACAUAAACACAAGUUAACACACAAACAGAUGUGGAGUGCUCGUACAGAUUCCCCAUCAAAGCUUGAGGCAUCAGGCCUGCAACCUCUCCCUGGGCCUGCAAUGAGCCUCAACUAUGACUCCCCUAUUAAAACACACACACACCUCUUGAGUGAAGGGGCAUCCGCUGACACAAGCACAGCGAACCACCAGCUAUCAGUGAGGCCAAAACUCACCAACCAGCCCACCAGGUUUGCAAAUGCUUCACUACAGUUUGAUACUGAAGACCACCGGAUCAGCUGGAACCCCACAGACUCAGGCUUGCAUAAUACCCCACAACCCCCAAUCCUAUCACCUUAUACCAGUGCUUCUCAAAGUGUGGUCCGCGGACCACCGGUGGUCCGUGAGCGCCCCCUAGUGGUCCGCCCUGGAGCUUCAAUACAGGUACCUCAGCUCUGUUUCGACAACAGCCCUAGCCCGGGUCCAAGUCACCAGACUAACAGGUCUGAUUAUGGCAGACUGGGUGCAGCCGCUUCUCAGCCGGUGAUACAGUCAACGAUGGUCCCUGCCCCCCCACCCCAAGUCAGUGUGUAUGAACCCACAGCUAUUGUACCACCUCAGAGCUUCCCGCUCAACGCCUACCCUGAAAUGCGAACUAUGCAGCAGCCCAACAUAAAUCCUCCAAUUAACCCCCCUUAUCCAACCGAGGCCAUUCAGCGUAACUCCCAUGUCUACACCAGCUAUGCAUAUCCCGCUCCUGAACCCCAAGUACCCGCACCAAGGUUUGAAACACCACAAACAAUUAACAUUAUGAAUAACCCCCCUGCUGCUGGGCAGACCCUCCGAUGGUCAGAUUAUGAACGAACCCCCCAAUCACAUAUGUCACAAGCUGCUGUCCAAUAUCCACAUGACCUGACUCAAAGUGAAGGAGCCCCGAGGCUACAUUCUGUCACCAGUGCAUGGGGCCCCAACAUGACAGCGCCCAACCCCCUGAAUGUAACUUAUGCAGCUCACACCCAAGCCCCUGCUCCAAGGAUGCCUGCUUCGGACCAUCAAGUCAGCAGUAAUCGCCAUUUUCUCCAUCAGUCCGCGCCCUUACCUCCAUAUCCCACUCACCACACUCAACCCGGUCUAUCUGAGCCACUGCAAAGGACUCCUGGCAGAGCCCUCACCCACCCAAGCAUUCCACUGCCUGCCUAUGGUGGCUUCAUGCAGACCCAUCAGGUGAAGAAUGUCCAAGUCUUCACUGGCAAUGCUGACAGUGAAAUGCUCAUAGAGGACUGGAUUCGUGACCUGCAGUACCUUCUGGAGGCAGUAGAGCUUCCCAUGCACCUCCGCUUCUCCACUGCUGUGCGACACCUGGGUGGUGAGGCUAGGAAGCUGGUUCUGAACCUACCCCCCCAUGAUCAAACCCCUGAGAAGGCAUUUGAAGAACUGAGGGCAGAGUACGGUGACACACAGGGCUCUCUAGAUCCACUGGCUGACUUCUAUGAGCGUAGCCAGAGGUCCGGAGAAUCUCCCUGCUCUUAUGCUAUAGCGUUGGAGGCAAUACUGCGGGCUGUCGAAGAAAGUCAAAGAGGGGGCAGGCCUUUCCCUCACCGAGAUUGCAAACUUACCCGACAGCUCCUAAGAGGGCUUAUUGAUGAGGAAGUCUACACGAGGAUUUCACCUAUGAAGCCCCUGCUUUUCAGUUUCCGAGAGCUUCAAACUGAACUCAGAAACCUAGCAAAACAGUCUAAAAGGUUCCAAUCACAAAACAAGGCAAAGAAAACAUACACCCAGGUGCAUGUUACAACAGAGGAUACUAAUGUAAGGGCAGAAAGGUCAAAGAAUACCUCAGAGUGGUCAGAGUUGACAGAGAUGGUCAAGAGAUUGGCUGUUAACCAAGAGGAGCAGAUGGCAAAGUUGUCUCGUCUGGAGUCAAGAGUUUCUGCUUCACCCACGGUUCCUCCAAGGGUUCAGCCACCCCCUAGAACUGCAAUCCAGAGUUCAAGUUUUGUAUGCUACCGGUGUGGGAAGGAAGGACAUACAGCCCGUGUCUGUAGAGCAGUGCUCCCAGAUCCCAAUCCGGCCUGGGCACGCCAACCACAGCCUAUGACCCCUGCGGAGGAGAACAGGCCUAACUCAGCUCAGCAUUUAAACGCUUAGAGCCCAUGGUAACUGGGGCAACCAUGGGCGGGCAGCAA